UUCUUAUAAUCUAAACCAGCUUAAAGCGGGACGCUUGAAUUUUCAAGUGCCAAGCUUCAUGUCAGAUUCUGCAGACCGAUUUCCCUAGAAAACCACCCUCUCUCCUACUCUUUCCUCUUUUCUCCCUUCGUUCAUCACCUUCUUCCUUUCUUCGGAGUCUCUCUGUGGUCAUGCCAAUCACUCACCCUCCCUUGUAAGCUCGCAGAUUGCAUUCCUUGCCCUCCAUCAUGCUCAUUGCAGCCUCGAUCUAUUCUUAUUGUGUCUGAUUUCCUUGUUAAUUUUGGUUGCUAAAGAUCGAAGCUGCUGAUUGGAGACCUUGCGCUCUUGUACGGUUACAAUUGUAAUCGAGUUGGGUUUGGGAAUCUUGAAGAUCCAAGCAAUUUCCAGUCCAGAAUUAAUUUUCUGGUAGUUUUUUUUUUCUUUUGUUUACUUCUCGAAAUUUCUUUGAUGCAAUUGAGCUGAUCUUGAAUUAGUGCAAAAAGGGAACUAUCAGUGUUUUCAGUGUUCAGUCUGAUUUCUUUGAUUUUGGUUAUUAGGGUUUCUGUCAAAACCAAACAGAACCGAACUAACACGACCGAUCCUCAGGCCUACUUGAAAUACAUUGAAAUGGAUGUGAAAGGGUUGUGGAGAAAAAAUUGAGUGAGCAUUACUAGGCAUAUUCAUUAAGACGUUGAAUUUUAUUCAGAUUGAUUUGCUUCAAACAAUAAAAUCAUUCCUUGAGGUCUAUAAGGUUUGUUAGUGUUGCAAACUUUGAUGAUUUUGUGCUGUUAGCCAGUUGCCUUCUCUUUUCAAGAUGAGCAACCAAUAUGGUGACGAUCAUGAAGACACAACUGUGAUGGGAUUUGAAGUUCCAAAAUCACCUGAUUCGAGUUACAACAAUGUCUACCCUGGGAACGAAGAUGAGGCACGUGACCCGCCUAUAGUCCCUUCGCACCUGCAACAUACCUUGCUUAGCUACCCAGGGAGUGCAGACACUUCUGAAACUAUUCCUGCACCGCAGAGUGUAAUUCUCAACCAUCUUUACAUUGAGAAUCGAGAGGCCCCACGUUCUGUGGUGGCUCUUGGUUUUACUCAUCGCUUCUGUUCAAAAUAUGUCACUGUUGUGCUGUACAAACCUGUUCAGAGGAGGGGGAGUACCAGCACUUAAUAUGCAUAUAGUAUAAACCUAAAUUAGAGUUGGUCUCAUUGCCCUGAUUGUGAUAGAAUUAGUUGUGAUUGACUGAAAUAUGAAAUUAGCCAGACAGUAUUUAUUGUCUCA